AAAGGGCUCGUGGACACCACAGCGUCUUCUCUGGUCCCGCCACCAGGGGCCUGAAAGGGAGGAAAAAGAGGAGGAAGAGGAGAGGAGAAUGAGGAGGAGGAAAAAGAGGAGGAGGAGGGGGGAGCAGUGAAAGAGGAGGAAGGGAAGGAGGAGAGGAGGGGGAAGAGGAGGAAGAGGAGGGGCUCAGCUGUCAGCUGUUAAAGCCUCCCUCAGUUCAGCUGCUGACGGCCUGAGAGCUGCUGUUAAAUUUAGAACUUCACUCUGUGAGCGGACCGAGCUCCACACCUCCAACUCUGACCACAGGAGAAGAAGGAGAAGAGCAAGAAGAAGCAGAAGAAAAGAAGAAGAAGAAGAAGAAAAGAAGAAGCAGAAGAAAAGAAGAAGAAGAAGAAAAGAAGAAGAAGAAGAAGAAGAAGGAGGAGUAGAAGGAGAAGAGCAGACCUCAGGGACUAAGUGAUGUCGUGACGAACUGACCCUGAACGGCUUUCUUGGAUCGGCAGCUGACCUUUGACCCGCUGAGACCAGGUAGAAGAUGCGAUCCAGAAGCUGCACCGUGGAGGGUCCUGAUAAUGGACACAUCCAGCCUGCCGAAGGCUUCGCCAAGCAGGAUGAGGAGGAAGAGGAGAACAAAGCGGAGCUCACCAGGAGGAGGAUGAAGGUUCUGCCGGAGGAGAAGGGCGGGAGGACUGAAAAACCUCGGAAACCCGUCGAGGGCAAGAAGCUGACAAAGAGCGACCUGCUGCACCUGCUGGGCAUCAUGGAGGGAGAGGUUCAGGCAAGAGAGGACAUCAUCGGCCUGCUGAAGUCGGACCGGACCGGCCCGGAGGCCCUGGAGGCCCGGUACGCCUCGGCCGCCCCCACCAAGCCCCUGCAGGCGCUGCAGAGGGACGGACUGCUCGGCCCGAAGGACCGCGGCGCCCCCCACGUGUACGAGAAGCCCAUGGCCGAGUUGGACCGUCUGCAGGACAAACAGAAGGAGACGUACAGACGGAUGUUGGAGCAGCUGCUGCUGGCGGAGAAAUGCCACCGCCGCACGGUGUCGGAGCUCGACAACGAGAAAUGCAAACAUGGAGACUUCAUGAACAAGAGCGACGACUUCACCGAGCUGCUGGAGCAGGAGAGGGAGAGACUCAAAAGGCUGUUGGAGCAGGAGAAGGCCUACCAGGCUCGUAAGGACAAGGACCACCGCAGGAGGCUGGAGAAGGUCCGGGCGGAGCUGGUCAAGCUCAAGUCCUUCGCCUUGAUGUUGGUGGACGAGCGGCAGCUGCACAUCGAACAGAUCCACCAGCAGAGCCAGAAGGUCCAGGACCUCGCUCAGAAGCUGCAGGAGAAAGAGCAGCGCUUGGCGGCGCUCAGUGACACGGCCAAGGAGGACGUCCAGAAGGUCCUCGCGCUGGAGGCCGAGCUGGAGCACAGAGCCGCCAGGUUUGCGCAGGAACACGAGGAGGCGACGGCCAAACUGGCCGCGGAAGAGUCCCAAAGCCGACAGCUGAGGCUGAAGCUGGUGGGCUUGGACCAGCAGAUUGAAGAGCUGGAGGAGAGCAACAAGUCGCUGCACAAAGCCGAGGAAGACCUACAGGAGCUGAGGCAGAAGGUCAGCAAAGGGGAGUGCGGGGAUUCGUCUCUGGUGACCGAGUUGGAGAAUCUGCGGAAGAGAGUGCUGGAGAUGGAGAGCAAGGAUGAGGAGAUAACCAAAACGGAGACUCAGUGCAGGGAGCUGAGGAAAAAGCUGCAGGGGGAGGAGAACCACGGCAAGGAGAUGAGGCUGGAGGUGGACAGACUGCAGAAGAGGAUGUCUCAACUGGAGAAACUGGAGCGGUCGUUCACUGGGAGCAAAUCAGAGUGCUCUCGACUUCACACAGACCUGGAGAAAGAGAAACGAGUUGUGAAGGAUCUGGCCGGCGAGCUGGAGGGGCUGAAAACUCGGCUGAAGGACUUUGAGUGCUCGGAGGCCGAGUUCGAGAAAGCAGAAAUGGUCCUCAAAGACGACCUGAUGAAGCUGAAGUCCUUCACGGUCCUUCUAGUCGAUGAGAGGAAAAACAUGGCGGAGAGACUUAAACAGGAAGAACAGAAAAGUGAUGAUCUGAGUAGGAUGUUCAAAGCAGAGCAGGGCAAGGUCACAGAGGUCACAGAGAAGCUGAUUGAGGAGAGCAAGAAACUUCUCAAGUUCAAAGGUGAAAUGGAGAUCAGAGUCACGGCACUCGUCAAAGAGAAAGAUGAGUUGAAAGCCAAACUUGUGAGUGAGGAGGAAAAGUGUGGACAGCUGAAUACCAAGAUAAGUAGUAUGAGAACAAGAAUAGACGGCCUUGAGGAGACAAAGAGAGAGAUUCAGAGGAAGUGGUCCACCGAGGACAACAGGAGACCAGAUGAAGACAACAAAGUAGGCGAGCUCACGCUAGAAAUCGAAAGACUCAAGAGCCGGCUCAAACAACUGGAGGUGGUGGAAGGAGAUCUGAUGAAGACAGAGGAUGAGUAUGAUCUACUGGAGAAGAGAUUCAGAAGGGAGCAGGACAGAGCCAAUGCCUUCUCGAAGCAGCUGGAGGAAAUGAAAAGUCAGAUCGCCAGAAACAAAGCCAUCGAGAAGGGCGAGGACGCAGGUCCGGAGGCGCAGCUCAGGACCCGCUGCAAGAUGGAGGAGGCCAGAACCAGGGAGCUGCAGGCGGACGUCCAGGCCCUGAAGGAGAAGAUCCACGAGCUGAUGAACAAGGAGGACCAGCUCUCCCAGCUGCAGGCGGACUACUCCGUCCUCCAGCAGAGGUUCAUGCGGGAGGAAGAGAAGAAGAUCAGCAUGAGCCAUGACUUUGCCAAUCUUACCAAGGAGCUGGAGGCCACCAAGAGGUACGGUCGGGCCCUGAGGCCCAGUGUGAGCGGUAAGAGGAUGCUGGACGUCCCGGUCACCUCCACCGCGGUGCAGACGGACGUGAUGGCCGGCGAGGCGGCCGAGGACGAGACGGCGGCGGGCUUCAUCCAGAAAUCCGUCCUGGAGGAAAACCACUUGAUGAGCAACCUCAGACGGGGUCUUAAAAAGCCGGCGGUUCUUGAGCGGUACCCUCCGGCUACGGCAGAACUCGGCGUGAAGAAAUCCUGGAUUCCUUGGAUGAAGAAGAAGGAGGCCAUCACGCUCACGCAGACCGCCCCCGACAAGACCGCCGGGGCGUCCUCGUUCCACCCGCCCGAGUCCGGCCAACCGCUGCACAUCCGGGUGACCCCGGAUCACCAGAACAGCACCGCCACCUUGGAGAUCACCAGCCCCCGGGCCGAAGAUUUCUUCUCCAGCACCACCAUCAUCCCGACUCUCAGCCUUCAGAAGCCUCGCAUCACGAUCGUCCCCAAGCCCGCAAGCAAGGCCGCGGGGGGCGGAGCCUGCGAGCCGGCGGGGGGUCUCGACCCCGUCAAAUCCCCGGUGACCAUAACCGCCAUCUCCAGGGCCAAGACUCUGGAUCGAACCGACCGCUCGCCGGCGUCCGUCACCGCGGCCGAAGGUCACGUCAAGGUGACCCCGGAGAGGCAACCACCGCCUUUCAGGAAGUACAACGGCAGCAUCAUCACCACGGAGGACAACAAGAUCCACAUCCACCUGGGCCGGCAGUUCAAGAGGCCCCCCGAGGGCUGCGGCGAGCCGCCGUUGACCCUCGAGACCUCGGUGACCCUCGGGGAGUCGCCGACAGGCACGGUGCGCCAACCCUCGGCGGCGAUGGCGACCCAGAGCAAAAUGUCAAGCAGCAUCACCAUCACGCCCGUCGCCUCGCCGACCUCCAGGCCGACCUCCAGGCCGACGCAGUCAGCGCCCGGCUCGGAGGCGCACGCCGCCCGGGGCGCCGCCACGCGGAUCCCGGUGUCCAAAGGUACGAAGCCGAGCAGCAGGGCGGAGACCAGGUUUGAGUCGCGGGCCGAGAGCCAGUCAAUUAAAAUCGAGCUGAGGAGGUCGACGGCGUGCGGCCCGGCCUCCACGGCGGGAGGAAAGGGCUGAGGGGGAGGGGCUUGAGGGGCGGGGGGGUGCCAUGGCAACGGCUCGAAGCCACAUGGGUCCCAGGCAGCAUCGGAUGGGACUCCAAGUUUCAUGAAGUUCGCCUUCAGUUUGAAACUGAAAGGUCAUCUGAAGGUCUUACCACACGAAGCCUCUCUGAGGAACUUCCUCUUGUUGUUGUCGUCUCCAGAGCUUCGUUCUCCACCAGCAGCUUUAGGAGGUCUCCAGUCACUGUGAACUGUUCGUCUCAAACGUCAUCAUAUUCUUGACAGGCACUUCAAUAAUAAAAGGUAUUU